GACCCGCUCAGUAGCCAAUGGUAGUUGUGUUGGACGAGAGAUGCCAGUGCAACCUUAGACAACACCGCCUACGCAUUUCGCCGACUCCACUUCUCUGUGUCGUGCUACGGACUAGAGUGAUAGGGCGGCGCCUCGAGGAAGUGAGAAGUGCAAAUCCGAGGCGCAAAGAAACUAAAGCGCAAGUUACAAGCGAUGGGAAGAGAGUGUGCAGGGAAGGCUGUUUGCUCCCUCUCCUCCUCCUCCCCCUCCCUCUCCCCCACGCGAGCAAACGGCAGAUAAGACCACGAGUAGCGCUUCGACACGAGUUCUAUGAACGGUGGUGAUACGAUGCGUGCUGGUGACCGCAGCGUCCCCACGCGAGAAGGUGAAGAGGCGUGAGAAGGGACUCGCACUCUGGGACCUUCUAGAACCUGACACAAAGACAAGGUUUGGCACCAAUGGCGACAUCCUCCUGGGGGAUAUUCAUGACAACACGAAAGAGGACCAAGGCGUCAAAGUAUGCUUAUUGAGAUUCAUCAGUUCCGAGCCGUGCAACAAUGCGGGUAUUCUCCAUAUUGCACCUUUUCUUCCUGUUACUCGCAGUGACGCUGAGCCUGCAGCCCGUGGCAGCUGACCCUCUCCCCGACCCAGUUCCUCCUAUCGAACUGAACCUCGAUAUACCGGACGGCGUCGAUGUCAAUGAACAGGACCAACCGGACAUAGCAGACGACUCAUCAGCAGAGUUCCAGAGUUAUAUCACUUCAAUGCUCACUUUCGCCGUCGUGAACCUCCUCGUGUAUUCCUCCGCCGCCGUCAUGCAUCGCCUGGGUCGACAGGAUCCAUAUUCCUUCCCGAAUUUGACUCGUCGAAAUCUCGUUCCGUCUUGGCCUCCUCCCGCGCCUCCGUUCCCGUCCCUUCCUCCUCCGGUUCUGCCUCACGAGAUCGAGCCCGAGAAGACCCCCCGCGCGGAGGUCCUGCGGUGGGACUCCAUCAACUCCCUGUACGUGAGCUCUGCCGCGUGCGUGGACGAGGAGCACGUCUACGAUGAGUGGAAGGGCGGCGCCGAAGAGGCGACUGAUGCAUCCUGAUAACAUGCAGUCAAAUGUGAUAGUUGCAUUUAUACGUACGAUAUUAAGGUGGUGUCACACUGCCCCAAAAUUGACACCUGAUGGACACGCGAUAGAGAAAAUGUUCUGAUUCGGGUCUUAUCGCCAAUAACAUCUAUUGCGGGGGAGUGUUUAGCCUGCAUUAUCACCACAAUUAUUGUUAAUACUGGUAUUCACACAAAAGCACACAUACAAACCGCACGCACGCACGUGCACACACACACACACACACACACACACACACACACACACACACACACACACACACACACACACACACACACACACACACACACACACGUACGCAUGCACGCACACACACUACUGGAGCAUAGAACACUCCCUAAUAACAUGUAGCCUUACUCACUUCAUAUUAUGUACUAACACACACGCAGCUUCUGGUUUCACCUAUUUAGAGCUGUCUCAUUAUGUCAUAACUCAAGCUGGCCGGAUUG